AUGUCCUCCACUUUCAACAAUGGAGCCAGCAUCCCAUCGCCACCAGAUGCCGCCAAUGGCUUCCCCCAACCCAGUGCCUCAGGUGCCUGGCACAGACCAGAGGAGGAGCUACGGGUUGUGGAGCCCAGCCUGGUGAAGAAGGCCCACCGGGAGAUCCUGGACCAUGAGAGGAAGCGGCGUGUGGAACUCAAGUGUAUGGAGUUGCAGGAGAUGAUGGAGGAACAAGGGUAUUCUGAAGAGGAGAUCCGACAGAAGGUGGGGACCUUCCGACAGAUGCUGAUGGAGAAGGAGGGGGUCUUGACCAGGGAGGAUCAACACGGUCGCCACAUAGUGAUGGAAAGCCACUACUUGAUUGAGGGGGAUGCCCAGGGCCUGGAGUACUUGCCCUAUGAGGAAGACUGCCCUCUUGAGUGCGAUUGUCCUGCUGACUGUUACCGGGCUGAUGGUGGGCACCGAGAGUACAGGACCAAGCACUGGUCAAGCAGCUCAGCCUCGCCCCCUCCCAAGAAGAAGAAGAAAAAGAAAUCUGGCCAUCGGAGGAGUCGCAAAAAGAGGAAGCUAGACUCUGAAUGCAGCUGUGGGAGCUCCUCACCCCUUCGGAAGAAGAAGAAAAAUGGAAAGAAGCAUAGACGUGACAGGUCUGACUCAGGAUCCCGGAGGAAGAGAAGACACAGAUCCCGGAGCCCCAAAAGCAAAAGGAAAGAGAAAAACAAAGAGAGAAAGAGGCCUCAUAGUGAGUCUCCUUCAAGAAGGUGUCAUCGACACAGUAGCUGUAGUUCUCAUAGCGCCUCCAUAUCUUCCAACUACAGCAGCUCCAAAUCACCCAGCAGACUGAGCCCCAAGCCCAGAGACGAUGGCCCCAAGGCCAGUAGCCAGCGGUCCAGCAGGAGCAGAACGUCCUCUCCUUCGGGCCGCAGCCGAUCAGGGUCUCCACACCAGAAUGGCCAGCGGAGUAGACGUCCCAGCCAGUCCCGUGGCAGCCCAUCGGACACCCCUCUGGAUAAGAGGCCCAACUCGCCCGAACCCCGAGCCCACGCCAAAGCGGAGCCGGCCCUGACCACACCGCCGCGGGGGAAAGAGGGUCGAAGCCCCGGCUCGGCUUCGCCGCAGCCACCGGCCAGGGGCGGCCGAGGCGGCACAAGCGGAGGAGGCACGGGAAGCGCGCCCGGGGGAGGAGGCGGCACCUGCGGGAGCGUAGCGGGAGAAGCCAAGCACCGGCGGCGCUCGCGCUCCGCCGCUUCGGCGCCGCGUCGGAAAGGACGCAGACGGCCUCGCGCCCCGGCUCCUCGGAGCUCCCCGCGAUCGCUCAGCCGCGCCGGCUCCAGCAGCGACUCGGACGCGUCUGGAGCCUCCCACCAGCCCGGCCCGGAGCCCAGCCAGGAUCGGAGCCACUGCGCCCCGGGGAAAAAAGAGAAGGAAGGUGAUGGCCGGACAAGGCACCCAGAGGGGGAAGCUACUAGACCCCGGCGACGGUCCCGGAGUUACUCACCGAUUCGUAAGAGGCGUCGGGACUCACCUAGUUUCAUGGAGCCCAGGCGGAUAACCAGUGCCCGGAAGCGCCCGAUCCCCUACUACCGGCCCAGCCCUUCCUCCUCCUCCUCCUCCUCCAGCUCCUGGAGCAGCCACACCUAUAGCCGCAGUCGGAGUGGCAGCCACAGCCCAGACAGCUACAGCAGCCGCAGUGGGAGCCGCAGCCGAACCCGGAGCCCCUCCAGAACCCCCAGUCCCAGCCCCAGUCCCAGCUACAACAGCCGCAGCAGCUCGGAGAGCGGUGGCUUCUGACCCCCCGAGAGGUCCAUGCUCCCUUUCCCUUGGAUGCCCGCUCCUUCCUGCUCCUACUCGAGAGCCCCCACCCCCACCUACCCCUGGCCCAAGAGACCCAGCUUGGUUGGGUUCAGAGGACCAGGAGGCAGGACAGAGCCAGGGGGGAGGGGCAGGUGGAGCCAUUCUCCUGUGGGGUGUGGGAAACUUUCCCCUGCAUACCCACUCACUCCUACCACCGCCAGCUCUGUUCAUAUUUCUUCACACCCCACAGGGUGGACCCAGGUAUCUGGGCAGCCCAGGCCAAAGGCCCUGCUAGGCCAAAUUCACCCAUUCCAUCUAUCACUGUCAUCCUCCAAACCAGCACCAGGGAGAGCUCCUAUCUCCAGUUUGGGGGCAAAGAAAAGCGCAACCAACAGGUGGAUGGAGACUCUUGCCCCCUGAAUUGGCCCCAGGUCAGGGAGUGUCCAGGGGGGACUCAGCCUGGCUGGGGAAGAUUCUCCCCCCAUCCUCUCACCCCUUUUCCUCUGACCCUGUUGUACAAGGUUGGGUUGGCAACAGGGGAACUCUGUCCUUAUGGGAAUGGGGUUGGUGCACCCCAGAACCCCAGAGACCUCUGCCCAAUUUGGGCACAGGGCCUGAUGACAAAGAUCGGGAUCCUAUUGCUUCCAGAAGGUGCCCUCUCCAUUCCUUGGGGUUGGGCACUGCCCCAGAGCACCAAGAGCCACCGAACACAGGACGUGCUCAAUCCCUGCCCCCAAGUCCUACUCUGCCCUGAGCCACCCACCCCACGGGGAAGGGGACUUCCUGGGGAGCUGGCACAAGGAGAUGAAACCCCUCCCUCCCAGAAUGUAUCCGAAACCCCCUUCCCCUCCCUGUUUGGUUGGCAGAAGACAUGAGGCCUGGUAACUCCCUUCACAUCUACCUCCCUCUCUCAGACCUUUUCUUUCCCUUAGCCAUCUGGACUUUCCUUUGGCCUUCUCUUGGGGGAACUCAAUGCUUGAUGUCCAGAAAUGCUCCUGAAAAAGAGAGCAUCUGGCUUCAAUUCCCAUUAGAAACAACCGGGAGAGACGGUCCAACAAUACAGUGAGUAGGACCUAGAUCAAACGAAAGGAAAGACUCCCUGACCAUUGAACCAUGGGGCCAUUCAUGGAGUGAUCCCAAGGUGACCUCUAGUGAUUCCAAGGCAGGAGACACAGCCUAAGGUAGCUGAAGGGGCACAUACCCAGAGGCAGAGGAAUGGAGUAGUUGACCUUCCCACUCCAAGAAACAGAGAUGGACAUGGGGCGGGGGGAGGUGCAAGUGACCACAUCAGUCUGAUGGUUGGACUCAGGAAAGAAACCUCACCCAGAAUGUCCUUUCUCCCUCCCCAGGGCUAAUAUCCCCUGCCAUUAUGAAUUCUGUCUGGGUUGUAGCUCCAUCUGCUAAGCCUUCAGCAUGGUCCUCCUCUGGGGUAGACAACCCUUCCCUGCAUAUACACUCAUCUCUUUCAUCUGACAGGCCCUGGGGUCUCCAAAUCUGGUCCUGAGAAGUGACUCCAAUUCCAAUGAGACCUACAGAGACAGUCACUUGAAGGGGGCUAGUUAACCCUCAAAGUUGGACUCAGAGCCUCAAAGGGACUGUGAAUUCCAGGGCCAGUAUUACUCUAAGUGAGCAACGCUCCCCUCCCCCAGGGAACUAGGCUGCUAUGUAAUUUAUUUAUUAAUUUAUUUAUUUGUGUCUUAUUUAUUCUCCCCCAGGCCUUGAAGGCCAGGACCACUCCUCUCCCCACCACAUACACCCUAUCCACCUUGCCAGGCCAGGUGUCAGGGUCUCUGGCCCUUGCUGCUCUUUCCCUGGGGGAGAAGGUCUCUUCCUCACCACCCCCACCCCAGGCACACAUCGCUCUGGCCCUGGCAUGGGGGUAGGGCCCUAGGGACCCCACCUCCCCUUGUUCCCUCUCAAUUCCCCCAGCACUCCCUCAUCCCUUCUGAUCCCCACCCUCUACCCAGGAGCUGUGCAUCAGGGAUAUCACCAAGUCUUCCUCAGUCCAGUCAGUGUCCAUCUGGGGGGGAGGGAGAGGGGGUAACCUGACCCACAGUAUGGAGAACAAGUCUGUGCCCUGUCCCCUCGGGUAGGCCAGGAUGCUCUUCUGUUUCAAUCCGCUUUGAGACGGGAUUCAGCCUGGCUUUUCCUUUCAUUUUUCUUUUAUUUCUUUCUGAUCCUGAGUCGAGGUGUAGUUUCCUUGAGAUGGUUGGAAUACAAUAAAAUGCAAAGUAUA